GGUGGUGCCUCCAUGUAGUUCUGAUGAAGGGAACGAGAGAGAGAGAUGGAGGAAGAACAUGCAAACCUGGAAAAUUUCCUGGAAUGGACUGCAGAGCUCGGAAUAUCAGACUCUCCUUAUUCUUUCACCCAAUCGGAAAGCCUCACGCGUCGAAGUUCCUCUUUGGGACUCUCCCUCUGUGUCUCUGAUUUUCCCGAAGCAGGCGGGAGAGGCUUAGCUGCUGUUCGUGAUCUUCAAAAAGGCGAAUUGAUUCUCAGAGUUCCAAAGUCUGCCCUAAUGACGACCCAAAGACUAAUGAUGGAAGAUCAGAAACUCUCUGUUGCUGUUCAGAAACGCCCUUCUCUCUCCUCCACUCAGACACUGACUGCUGCAUUAUUGAAUGAAGUGGGUAAGGGGAAGAUUUCAUGGUGGAACCCAUACAUAAUGCAGUUGCCGCGUAGUUAUGACACACUGGCGAGUUUUGGCCAAUUUGAAGCCCAAUCUUUGCAAGUAGAUGAUGCCAUCUGGUUGGCGGAAAAGGCUUUAGGGAAGGCCGAAUUGGAGUGGAAAGAAGCUACACCUCUAAUGAGUGAACUUAAGCUCAAACCUCAACUCCUAACGUUAAAGGCAUGGCGCUGGGCUUCUGCUACUAUAUCCUCUCGCACAAUGCACAUACCUUGGGAUGUGGCUGGCUGUUUAUGCCCCGUUGGAGACUUCUUUAAUUAUGCUGCACCAGGGGAAGAACCAUAUGGUUCUGACGGUUCGAGGGCUCAGGGAAUUGCCUCUUCAUUGCAAGAUAGCUCUUGGUAUACUAGAGAGAUAUCAGAUGAUGAGAAGUUUGAUCCCAACUCGCUGAGGUUGAUGGAUGGUAAAUAUGAGGAACAUGUUGGUGCAUAUUGCUUCUAUGCUAGAAGAAACUACAGAAAAGGUGAGCAGGUUCUUCUAAGCUAUGGGACAUACACAAAUUUGGAGCUCCUUGAACACUACGGGUUUCUUCUCAAUGAAAACCCAAAUGAUAAGGCUUUUGUUGCUUUAGAACCUGGAAUGUACUCCUUGUGUUCAUGGCCCAAAGACUCGCUAUACAUCCACAAAGACGGGAUGCCAUCCUUUGCCCUGCUCUUAGCUGUGCGAUUAUGGGCAACACCUCCAAACCAUCGUAAGUCUAUUGGACACCUUGUUUAUUCAGGAACUCAAGUGUCCGCUGAAAAUGAGGUAAUUGUGAUGAAAUGGAUAGCAAAGGAAUGUGAUGUUCUUUUGAAGAGUUUCCCCACAUCAGUUGAACAGGACAUGUUACUGCUUAGCACCAUUGACAAAUUGCAAGAUCUUCAUACACCAAUGAACCUGGAGAAGGAGCUGCCAGCAUUUAGAGGUGAGGUGUGUGCUUUCUUGUCAAGUAAUGAACUGCAGGGUGGACGUAUUGGUGCUAAGUUACUUGUAUCUAAGAAGGCAAGAAAGUCCUUGUAUAGAUGGAAAUUGGCAGUUCAAUGGAGACUCAAGUACAAGAAAAUCCUUCUUGAUUGCAUUUCACAAUGUUCCGAGAUAAUCAAUAACAUUUCUUCUUAUUAAGAGAACAAAGUAACAAGGCAAACUAAGUAGACAAGGGCGGAGCUAGGAUUUUGCCUCAGUGGGAGUAACCUACAUUUUUAAAUUUUAAAGAAUAAUUGUAAUAUUAUUUUCAUCAGAAUAUGCUUUCUUAAUCAACUGUUUAUAAGUAUAGUUACAUCAAAAGAAGACCAUUUAGAGGCGUAACUCAUAUAUACGAGG